AAUCUUAUCUGGUUAUUCUAAAUUAACCAAUCACAUCUAUUAAUUCUAACAAAGAGAAGUGCGAUUGGUCAAUUCCGUUCCGGAAUAAUCAGCCGGUUAACUAACUAAAGUUAAUAGAAAUGGACAAACUUAAGUAGUAUAAAGAUUGACCAAUCAUUAUCGAUUAUUAGUAAUAAAGGUUCAAAUUACUAAUGUAAUUGGAGUAUACUUUUAGACUUAAAAGAAAAUAUAUUUGUCUCUAAUUUAUUGCACCAGUUGAACAGUGCAGUUAUAAAAAAACAGGCCAAAGAACAGAUCUAAGUUACCGACAGAAGUAUUUGUAUUUGUUAUAUCUCAACGUUGGUUUUAAUUUAAUUAUCUAUCAAAUAGUAUAAACGAGUUGAUUAUGGAGAUCCAGCCACUAAAAACACCCGAAAAACCACCGCCAUAUUCUGUCGCGACGGCUCCAGCAGUAGUAAAUUCAUCAUGGCAACCACCUCCUGGAUACUAUGCUAGCAAUAAUGAAACUAAUCAUCAAGGAAACUAUAUUCCAUCAUAUGGUGCUACACAUUCUACGACAGUAAUUGUACCGGAAAUUAUUUUGGUUGGUGGCUGUCCUGCUUGCAGAGUAGGUGUGAUGGAAGAUGACUAUACAUUUCUUGGCCUGCUUUGUGCAAUUCUCUUCUUUCCCAUUGGACUUAUUUGCUGUAUGUUGUUGAAGACAAAACGUUGCUCAAAUUGUGGUGCUUAUUUUGGCUAAUUCAAAACAACAAUCGUUCUUAUACUUUCAUAUAAACAAUAAUUCCAUUUUAAAUAGAUUGAAAAUCAAAUUCAGAUGUUAAUAAUCAGUUAAUUAAUUUUGUAAGUGUAUGAAUAAUGUUUAGUUAGAAUAUGUAUGUAUAUGUAUUUUAUUACUUUAGCUUACAUGCCAAGAAAGGAUGUUAGAAUAAUAUAUUUUUAUAGUAGAAUAUGUCUAUAUAUGUGUGUGUAUAUGUACAAAGGAAAUUUAAGGUAAAUAGAAAACACGGGAGCAAUAAAUCAAACUGGCAAUAAUA